AUGGACAAGGCCAAAGCAAAUAAUCGACAUCUUAAACAGCUUGAACAAAACCUUGAGAAAAAUGUUAGCAUCUUUGAACAGUCCCUCAAGAAGAUUGAGAAGAAAUAUGUGGAUGCCCGAAUACUUUUUGAAAAAGGCAAGGAGAAGAAUUUUGCCAUUGAGAAGUUAACUGAUGAAAUAGGGACCAUUAAAGUCUUUCGUCUUCAUAGUGAACUCGUCAAGGUUGAGGACGUCCUGAAUAAAUAUAAAAGAUACAAGAACAUUCUGUUCAAGCUGUCAUCUCCGGAGUGGCAGGAGGCCCAGGAGGCAGAGGCUUUGAAAGCUAAAGUCCUGUCUGACGGAGACGCCCAGGAUGAGCAGAACAGGCCUCAGGAGUCAUCACUGAUUACAGGUUCGGAAAGAGGUUUGGAGUCCAGUCCAGCUGGAGUACUGCCUUCCACCACGUUGUCCUCAGCCCACAACGACACACUGGUCACACAUUGUAAACUGGAUAGCGAGAGCUCAGAAUAUAAGGAGAAGCUGGAGCUCUACUUCUCUGAUCCCCAGCAACUACUGGAUCUGAUGAUGGAGCUGACAGAGCAGAACCUGUCACUGCUUCAGAACUCGACCAGAUUUGAUGAGACACUGUUACUGUUACGGCAGGCCAUGGAGACCACCUCUAAGAAAAUGAAAGAGGAUGAUGAGAAGCUUACAGUGCAGGUAAAUGACAUGAAGGACAGUAUCGACGAAGAGAAGGAGAGAGCGGCCACGCUCAAGAAGAAGGUUCAGCUCCAUGACUCAUUACAAACCGACGACCAGGAUGCUAUGUUGGAUGCUCUUGGUGUGAAGGUGACAGAAGUGCAUCGCUGCUUCAUUGAUAGCCGGUUGACCAACCUCAGCACCUUGGAGAAGCUGUCCAGUGUUGAAUACCGUAUGUCUUUAUUGCUCCAGCUCGUUGAGAGCAUCCCUGAGGAAAACUUGGAGACACUGAGGCAGAUCAAGGACAGUGAGAGAAGGAGCAGGCUGCGUGAAGAAAAGCUAAGACUGGAGAUGGAGAAACAGAAAGAAAGGAUGUUAAAGUUCCAGCAAAGAUCUCUGGAUGACACCAAAAAAAUAAGUGGAAGAAAGCUAAUGCCCAGAAGCAGCCCUGUUGAGCAGAAGAUCAAGGUCAGUGAUGAAGACAACAUACCUGCUGAAGAGGAACUACAUGCCUACCUCUUCACCACUGAGGACAUAGAGUAAAAAAGAAGACAUAGUCCAUGAA